UCGUUAAGAGCGCACGUUGCUCCGCGUGUCCGAACACGCGGUUCUCCUCCUCUUCCCUGUCUUGUCUGCUGUUCGUCUAUCUGGCUCGCCUUGUCUUCUUCUUUUUCCCCCUCCCCUCUUCUCUCUCUCUCUCUCUCUCUCUCUCUCUCUCUCUCUCUCUCUCUCUGUCUCUCUCUCUCUCUCUCUCGUUCUCGUUGCCGCCUUUCUACGCGCUACCAUCGACAAGACGGCCUUAAGCGCGCCCAAAGCGAAACAGUUCUUGCCAAUUUCUUACUGUUCGUAAUAAUUACAAGGGAGUUUUCUUUUUGGAGGACGAGGACGACGACGAAGAAUGGAUAUUUGAAGGAAUGGAUGAAGCAAAGGCAAAUAGUUAAAAGAAAUCGUGGCAGUGUCUUCUCUUUUCGCGUUCCAGAGUCGGGCGUGAGUGCGCGAGUGAGUGCGUGUUUCUCUGCCUCUAUGUGAGAUUCUCUGUGUCGUCGUCGUCGUCGUUGUUGUCGUUGUCGUUGUCGUUGUCGUUGUCGUCGUCGUCGCUACCACCGUCGUCUUCGUCGUCGUCGCCGCCACCGUCACUGCCGCCGCUAACGUUCUGCCGCGCGCCUCCGUAUACGUAUGCGUGUAUAUCGUGUGUACGACAGUUAAGAGAGAAAGAGAGCUAGAUAGAGAAAGAGAGAGCGAGAGCGAGAGAGAGAGAGCGAAAGAGAGAGAGAGUGCGAAUGCGAGAAAAAGAGAGAGAGAAAGAAAGAACGAGCGUGUAUAGUAUACGCGGUUGUACACGCGUGUGUGCUACUGCUGCUGUUGCUGUUGCUGCUGCUGCUGCUACUACUGCUGCUACUUCUACGUGCGUGCGUGCCUCGAUCAACGGUGAAACCACGGAUAUAUACAAGCGUAUUAACUCAAAAGAAGAAUCAAUAUUGUGGAGAAAUAGAAAGUUGCCAGACGAUCAACUUUAUUUGCAAAUCAUACAGGAUUUAAACAAACAAACUGUGAAUAUUCCCAGGCUACAUUAUGGUGUGACCCAUUCUGUUAACUCUGAAUUAACCAGCAAUGGACCUUACAUACCCCAAGUUGCGCCAAAUUGGGCGCUGUCAUAUAAUUACUUACCAUGGAAUUAUGAACAAGAACUCGUAGCACGUUGUGACGUGCAAGAUACAUGCAACCUGAGUUGCAAGAAAGAAAAUAAAUUGGAUAUAGACAACGUGACUAAACGACAUAUUAACAGGUUUAAAGAUCUAUCAAAGUCUAAAUCUGACAACACAGUGCUGGAUUCGAAAAAGCUAAACGUGUCGAGGACAGCUGAUUUUACAAUAUCAAAUUCCUUGUUAGACACUAUUCAAGGCCACGGGGGCAAACAAGAAAUCCCCUGGAAGGGGGAAAAGAAAAAAGAAAAAGAUAAUUUAAUAAAUGUCAAGAAGAAGAGUGACCUUGAAUGUAGUUUUUGGCAAGAUCAAUACAGAAGUUUGUCAGAGGCACAAAAAUUAGCUUUUAACGCAAACAUUGAUUAUUCCAAUUAUUUAUCCAAAUAUUCUCAAUCAGCUGAUAACACUACAUUGUGCCCAACUUCUGUGCAUGUACCUGCAUCUUAUAAAAGUUCUAAUCAUUUCUCAUCCAAUUCUGUUAAAGAAGUCAACAAACCUCUUGAUUUGUCAGUAAAUGCCACGAGAAGUGUCUACAAUCGUGAUAAAGACGCCAAAAUAAAGGAAAGAUAUCCUUAUUUAGAUUUACCUGCUGCUGGUGAUAAGAGAACAGUACAGACAAGUUAUCCUAUUAUAACACAAACAGAUUUUUUCUGCAACACGAACGAUUCUUUUGCGGCGAAGUACAAAGAAUUGAAUGAUGAUUUAUUGAAACUCUUGAAUUUGAAUAAUUUAUCAUGUAAAUUUAAAUGUGAUACAACAACACAAUCUAAUGUAGCCCAAGAGAACAUAUCCACGGAUAUUAAGUUGAAUAGUAAAUCUGCUUUGGAUAUAAAUUUGAAACAAGAAAGUAAGCUCUUCUUAGACAAAUAUUUCAAGGGACGAACAUUUAUGCUUUCACAUGAAAAAAGGGGAAGAGGAACAAACUUGAAUGACAGAUACAGUAAUAUCAAAGAAGAGUAUAGCACGGAGGAGUUAUUAGAUAAAGCUGAGAGUAUAGAUCCCAUAACUGCCGCUUCUAAGAUCACACUGGGAAAUUGGGAAGCAGGUGCAAUGUCGGGACAAUAUCCGGGUCACAGCCGACCACCGGUUGGCACUCCUCCACCUCAAACAGUUUGGAAUCAUCUCACGAUGACACAGGGUCAAGGUAACAUUUUUUAUGGCUUAAAUAUUCACCCAUCAGGAUUACCUGGUGCUGCUUUGAAUCCAGCUGGCUUUUAUACUCACCCAUCUAUAUCAAGAGCAUCUCAUUUAACGCCACAAUUGACUCCACAACUUGCACAUACUCAAGCACCGCCAACAUGGCAUACACCUACUGUUCCAUCGAAAACUGUUACGCCAUCUAAUACUCCUGGCAAUCCGUUGUUUAGUUUACAAAUGUUAGUUGACAAUAGACAAAACCAAAAUCAAUACAGAAAUUCACCAGGUUCUCAGAACACACUUGAUCUUUCUGCUACAUCAGAUAUUAUCCCAGAAAAUUAUUCUCGUAUACCUCAAGAUAUCCCCAUUAGUUUAACAGCACGAAAUGUGGAUAAAGGUAGUCGGAAUGGAAACAUAAUCUCUCCUCCAAUACCUCUUAAUGGGGAAACCUCAUCAGACAGUGGAAUUAGUUCGUCUGUUCCAACGCCUAAUUCUGUCAGUGAACCAGUGUCAUUAUCGACAAAAGAAAUAACGACUCCAAAAAUUACAGUGAAAAACUUCGAAAGCAACUUAAAAGGUGUUGCUAAUAUCCACGAUAAGAUUAAGGAGAUAAGUGUCGAUGGUUUCGCACAAAAAGUUAUUAAUUUGCCGCCUAGUGUAACGAUCGAACGUGUGGUCGCGGAUAAGAAGGAACCAGAAAUUACGAAAAGUAAAGAUACAUUGAGUGUAAUUGCACAAGUGCCAAGGAAUGUUUUACCUGUUAUCGUCAAUCUAACGUCAAAAAUGGAGAAGGAUGUUACAGAUAGUCCUAAAAGGGAAUCGUCUUCCGAACGGGACAAAAAACACGAAGAAACGAGUGUUAGGUCACCCAAGAACUUACCUAAAAGGGGUAAAAAGGGUGUUGACUCUUUAUUGGAAAAAUUAGAAGGUGGAAAUAAGAAGCUCGGUGGUACUGAAAAUAUAGGUUCCGUUAUAGUAAUGCCGGUUGAGGAAAAGGAUACAUCGAGCGUUAAAAGCAUGUCACCUGAAAGGCAAAAAUCAAAAUCUCCAAAUAGAGAAGACGAGGUUGUAUCACCUGCAUUCAGUAACGACGAUUCCAAUGAUAAUACCAAACAACGUAGGAAAAGAAAAUUAGAGAAACCCGUAAGACUUAGUAAAGAUUCAAAAACAGAAGUAGAAGAUAUGGAACUUGAACCGACAGAACCAACGGAACCAAGAACGAGGGAAUCGAUACCAGAAGAAGUAGUAGUAGUCAAUUGUACACCAACGACAGCUGUGAAAGUAGAAGAACAGGUUGAGAGCGUAGAGCAGAGGUUAGAUGAAAAGAUAAAUGAUAAUAUAAACGAGAACGAAAACGAACGUGAUAACGAAAACGAGAUAGAAAACGAAAACGAAUGUGAAAAUAAUGUCGAAGAAAGAAACGAAGAAAAUCAACCGGUUAGGAGGCGGAGAAGUAGUGAAAGUUCUACUACAAAUUCGACCUCGGCGAAUCAAAGGGUGCGGAGAAAAUCCAGCGACGAUGCAACUGAAUUUUCAAAGGUAACGAGUCCAAAGGCUGUUAAUAAUACAAAUCCGUUCAAUGAAGUUGAAUCAGAAUUGGAGAAGAUGUUUGCCGGAAUCGUCGAAACAGAGCCAGACGUUAAAAAAGAAGAAACUAAAGUAGACUUUUCUGUCUCGGGUCAAAGUGAACAUAUUACGAAGGUUGAAAAUAUCGAAAAUAAUAUUUUGCAAACUAAUAAAGACACUCAAAAUGUAGAGCCUACUGAUGUAUCUUCUACGGUAGAUGCCAAAUUAUCAGGAAAGAAAGGGAAGAAAGGGAAGGUACAGGGAGGUAAAAGGAAAAUUUCUAGAUCUACAGAGAAUAUUUUUGGAAAUGUCGGUAGUGAAUCACCUCAGAAGGAUUCUAAAAAGAGACGUACGUCUAAGAGUUUGAAAAAGCAAGAGUUCUCAAAGAAGGUUAAGAAAAAUACAAAGAUCGAAGGAUAUCGGGAAAUGGCAUAUGAUUCGGGAUCAAACGCGAGUUCCAUUAGGUCUCGUGGCCCAGUGGUUCACGUUGAAGGACCAAGGGAUAGUCCUUUGAGUAUUCAAGUAGUUAAUGCGCCAAGGGAAGAAGAGGAAGAAAAGAAUAAAGAAAAGAGAAAAACUAUCGGCAAUGGAAAUGCAGGGAGAAGUAAAAGGCUCAGUCAUCAAAACGAUUUAGAUUAUAGAGGUAAAGUCAGUAGAGCAGGUCUUUUUAGUUCUACUUUAUCGUCCCGAUAUGACGCACAUACGACUGACUCUACGUGGGUUUGUGUAUUUUGCAAACAAGGCCCCCACAGUGUCAUACCAGGGGAUCCAUCUAGACCUCAUCCAAAUUUGGCAGGUCCACAUAUUGCACCGGGAACUUACACGGUUCCAGCGGGUGUUUUAAGUGAUUUAUUUGGUCCGUAUUUAAUUGGAAAAGAACGGCUAGAAGAUGGAAUCCUUUCGGCUGACGAACAGGAGAUAACGACAGAACAAAAAAAGGGUGGAAAGAAUAAAAGAAGUUUGAGGUACGCUGGACUGGCCGAUCAGUUUUCCGCGAAAAUGAGUAAAAAGAAAAGGAAUUCGGUUGAAAGUAAUACCAAUGCAAUGUUUACUGGAAUGACCGUAAUUCCUGGUGAGGAACAACGUUGGGAAGUUUGGCUUCAUGAACAGUGUGCUGUUUGGGCUGCUGGUGUUUAUAUGGCUGGUGGAAGAGUGACUGGUUUGCAAGAAGCUGUGUGGGAUGCCGCAAAGUCGGUUUGUGAUUCUUGCGGCUUAACGGGCGCGAACAUUGGUUGCGUUAAACGCGGAUGUAAAGCUGUUACACAUUAUCCCUGUGCUUUGACAAAAGGUUGGCAUUUAGAUAUGAAUCAAUACAUACCUAAAUGUAACCUUCAUCGAGUUACGUGAAAUUUCGGUGAGUGCGUGUGUAUAGACUAAGUUGAAAUAGUUAAUAUUCAUUACGCCACACUGAGAGAUCCUGUUUAACAGCGCGUGCACCGAAUGACAGGCAAUAAAUAUAAGGUAUAAAUUAUAAAAAUUGUUUUGUGUGUGACUGAUGAUAAGCCUUACUAGUUGGUAAGGUAAGUCCGAUUUAGCAGAGCGUAAAACAAAACGUCUGCAAAUAUUAUAUUGCAUAUACAUUGUAUGUGUGUGUACACAUUUUUUUAUUAUAUUUAUUUUUAAAACUAUUCUUGAUAAUUAGAAAACAAAUGUGAAUAGAGAAUGGAUAUAUCUCGUUACCUGAAUAUUAGUUGCAUAACUCGAUCGAGAUCUUAAAAUUACAUUAUGCUGCCUUGCAUUUAACGUUCAAAAAGCGUUUUGAAAUUUACGCUCCGUGUCAUUCGAUGCAUAGGGUAUGUUUGAAAGUGUGAAAGAGGAUGAAUGUAAGGAUAGUGAUGUGUCAAUUUACAGAUAUGAAGUCUAGAAUCAAUAUGCUCGAGAGAAAGACUUUCCAAUGUACAAGAUGUUCAAAUGAGAAUGCUAUUAAACUGUCUCUGAGAAUUACAACAAAUUAACGGAAACGACAAAACUUCUCGUUAAUUAAAUUUAAUUCGUUGUCAUGGCCUGUGGCCUUGAACAGUGGCCUUUCGACUUAAUAUAUAAAAGAAAAAAAAAAAAAAAAAUAAAAAAAAAGAAAAAAAAAAAUAAAAAAAAAAUAAAAAAAAAAAUAAAAAAAGGAGCAAAGUUUUUAUUUAAAAAUCUGUAGAAUAGGUGGAUCGCGCUAUCAAGAAAAUAAGAUGUUAAUCAAAAAGAAAAUGUUUGCUUUUUUACACACUCAAUGAAACACUUGGAAACACUUGAAAUAUUUUCCUGAAACAUCGUGUACGCAGGAACAAUGUACAGGGCAUAUUGGAUUAAGAUUUUUGGACUCAAUGAAUGACAGGGGGCUGGAUAAUAAUAGACAACUGACAAACAAGCGAGACGGAUAAUGCAGUAACUUUUUUAACGAGCGCUGAAAAUGUUUGGAUAUACAAGUGUUCUCUUAUAAGGAAAAAGAAACAAAUAGAAAAGGGAUAUUUUUUUAUAUUUAUUAAGAAUACGUUAGUCCUCACGAAUAUAAAGUCUUACAUAUUUUAUAUGUAUAUCGUUCGAGAUAAUAAAAUAUAACAAUGCAUUAACAUUAAUUUAUAUGUUUAAUGUCGUUGCAUUCCAAGCGUUUUUCGAUGUCUAGUAAAAAUAGAACAACUACAACAACAACAAUGAAAAUAAAAUACAAAACAUUAGCGAUGAUAGUAUUAUUAUUAAAGAACAAAGUCACAACAAAAGGAAGAAACUUUUAAUUUCCAAACAAAUAUAACAUUGAAUUUAUUUCAUUGACAGAGAACACUUGAAAAUGAUUAUGCCGGCAUUGCUUGUACUAUCUUGUAACAAAAUAUUAUAAAUGGAAAAGACUAAUUUGACUUUAUAUGAAUAGAGACAUAAUGAUUGUAACAUCACCAUCUUUAGUAAUGUAUUUUACGUUGCAUUAGAUCAGUGAUUACAAUCCAAACCACGCGGGUACAUCUUAGUGAUUAAAUUAAUCGCUAAUACUUAUAUUAUACUACUGUUAUUAUUUUUAAAUCUAACUAUUAUAUUGAUUUACACAUUAUACUGUUUUUCAUACUAAUGUUAUUAUUAUCAUCUUCGUCAUUGCCAUUGUCAUCUUCAUUUUCACCACUUUAUAUAAGAGCAUAAGAGAGGCAGUUUUUGCUAUGUGUCAAGUGUAAAAGAACAUUCACGAACGAUUCUCUUGGUGUAUCAGGGAGAAAUAGCAAAAAUCAGGAAAAUUGUAUAAAAAUAAUACUAUAUAUAUAACACACAUAGUAUAUAUAUAUAUAUAUAAAAAAAAAUACAAUGUACAUAAUAUUAAUUUGCGUAGACAAAAAAGUAUAUAUAUAUAUAUAUUAUAUAUAUAUGCAUGUGCGCGCGCGUGCAUACGAUACACACAAGACAACACAAAAUACACACUCUACAAAUAGUUUUCACUCCUCCUCCCACAGCACAGAGUAUGGUAAUUAAAUGUAAUCAUUUUUAAAUAUUAGCCGUUUAGAAAGGAAAGAUAAAUUGUCGAACACAUAAAUGAAUUCUUUGUACAUAUAUACCGUACAUAGUAACAAAUAUCUUGUAAAAAAAUGGUUCAAGAGGAGCGCGAAGAAGCAUUUUAUUUAAAAAGAGAGAGAGAAAAAAAAAGAAGAAGAAGAAGUAUAAUGUUUCUUGAAACAUUGAAGAAAUAUAAAAUUCAAAGCGAAAGAGUCUGAUUUUUUCCUAAACAUCUAUAAAGACACUGCUUCAAAGUGUUCCUAUGUCAAGCGUGGUCUUUCUAAGAAAAGAAUAAACACGGCCAAACUAUCGUUUUAAAUUUAACGAGAAAGACGUUGAAUUAUAAACAAAACGCUUAUAUUCUACAAUUGUGUAUGAAAGAGGAAGUAAGAUUCUAUCUUAGAAAAAUAAUUGUAAUAUUAAUACUUGUGAUACAAAGAAAGGAAAUCUCUGGAGGAAAAAAAAACAAAAAAAAAAAAAAAGAAAAAAAAAAAGAAAACGACGGGGGUGACUACUAAUUUUCGAUAUAUUAUUCUUUGGGGGGGGGUGUUUUUUUUUUUUCUUUUUUCACAACUCUGCAUACAUAGAAGACCUAUUAUAUAUGGGAUAGUCGUAUGUACAGUUCACUUUUGUAGUAAGUCGCUAUAACGUUGUAUACAUAUUGUAUUUCUUAGUCCAUUCGUGGCAAGGACGAUUGCCAAGGUGUAAUGAUCUAUUACCAAAAUUAUGAUUAUAAAAAAUAUAAAGGUCUCUUUGUACGCACAGUUGAUUGAAUAAACUUCAAGAAAUUUUUUUUUUUUUUUUUUUUUUUUUUUUUUUUUUUCAAAGUGACGUGGGAAAGGUACUGAUUUGUAUAAAUGAACGAAAGGCUUGUAAAUUGCCGAGAUAAUGGUAGCAAGAGCAAACCAAAAUGAUAAUUAAGCAAAGAGAAACCUGAAUAUCACAAUGCCUAAGUAAUUUGUAUAAAAUAUAAAUCUGUAAAGUAAAAAUAUAUCGCUGCGUGAUAUGUGGUGAGAGAGGAUUGGUAGUAAUGAUCGCUACUACUGGUAACAAGAGGAAAAAAAAACAAGAAAAU